AUGAUGGUAUCCUCGACAGAAAUGGAGACCGUGUCAUACGACGUGCUCAUCGUCGGUGCUGGCAUAGCAGGCUCAUCCUUGGCCCAUGCUCUCUCCUCACUGAAGCGCUCGAAACCUCUCCGCGUAUGUGUCCUGGAACGCUCUCUCGCUGAGCCGGAUCGCAUUGUUGGAGAACUGUUGCAGCCGGGAGGCAUCGCGGCGUUGCAGAAACUCGGGCUGGAGUCCUGUCUCGAGGACAUUGACGCGGCGUCAUCCCAUGGCUACUGUUGCAUUCUCCAGGACGAGCGGGUGCACAUACCAUAUCCUGACGCGCUCGUGGGGAAGGGUUUCCACUACGGCCGAUUCAUCCAAGCCUUGCGAGCGAAGGCCAAGCAGGCACAGAGCGUGGACGUCGUUGAGGCCACCGUCACUGAGCUAAUCGAGUGCCCACUUUCUGGACGCGUCUUGGGCGUGCGUGCUACGCGUAAAGAUGGCGAAAAUGCCGACGGUGAGAAGGAGGCGUUCUUCGCAGACCUGACCAUUGUCGCCGAUGGCUGUUUUUCGAAUUUCCGGAGUACGGUCCUGGGAGGCGCGGGCGUGAAGCCAGAGGCAAGCAGUCACUUCGUCGGUGUCGUGCUCAAAGACGCCAAGCUGCCUAUGAUGAAUCAUGGAAACGUCGCGCUGAUUCACAAGCAUGGUCCCGUACUCUUCUAUCGGAUCGGGGAACACGACACGCGCAUGCUCAUCAACCUCAAGAAUCCUCUGCCAUCUGAUAUCAAGCAAACCCUGCUCGCAGAGGUCAUUCCUCAGCUUCCUUCAUCACUAGGCGUAACUGUCCAAGAAGCCUUGGAGAACGACAGAAUACGUCGGAUGCCCAAUUCAAUCCUGCCUGCUGCCGAGCAGGGAAGUCGGCAUACAAAAGAGGGCGUGUUCCUUCUUGGCGACUCGUGGAACAUGCGGCAUCCUUUGACGGGCGGUGGCAUGACCGUCGCAUUCUACGACGUCGUGUUACUAAGGGAGCUCUUCAGCGAGGUGAAGGACUUCGCAGACUGGAGGGAGAUCUCGCAUUUGCUCCAUCGUUGGCAUUGGUCACGGAAGCGAUACUCGAGUACGAUCAACGUCCUGAGCGUUGCCUUGUAUGCUUUGUUUGGUGCAGAAGACGAAUUGUUGAACGUGCUUCGCACCGGCUGCUUCAAGUAUUUUGAGCUGGGCGGGAACUGCAUAUAUGAGCCGGUACUGAUCCUUGCAGGAAUCAAGCAGUCGCCAGCACUGCUAUUCUACCACUUCUUCGCGGUCGCACUGUACGCGAUCUGGGUCAUGUUCACUCAUCCUCGCGUUGUCGCCACCGGUGACGAAAAGCCCAGACUAGAGGCCCCACGAAUUGACGAAUAUCCAGCGCUAUUCAUGAAGUGCAUCCAAGUCCUCUGGAAAGCGUGCAUAGUGUUCCUGCCACUGAUUUGGGCAGAGAUCCGGUGGUGGUAG